GAUAAUGAAGUGUUAGAAAAGGGUUAAAAUCGGCUGGGAUAGUGUGAGUAGCUGUUGCAGAGCGCCGAAGAUUGCCGAAUGCCUAGGGAAACUGCAGUCAACGGGAAACCAUCCUCAGCAUAACACCUGUGUACCAAGCAAUGAUUAUGCUAAAAAUAAGUUCCCAAAAAUGAUAUUCUAACGUUUUCCUUUAAUUAAAAAAAACGCAUUUAAUGUUAUAUUUUUUUCAAUUACCGCGCUAUUGCAAUAUUGUAGCAGCAAUGCGCUGUAUUACAAACGAAAGCCGUGCACAGCAUAAUAUGCUUAUUUGUUUACAAAACAAAUGGCGACAUAACCACAUCCGUGUGCGUUUCACUGUCAACAGCGCGGCGCUGCACGUAUAACAUCACGUGACCUGUCAUCUCUAUUGCUAUUUGGACGCUCUAGCCCGUGUUUUCUCUUCCUUCUCUCUGGUUAUUGGUAGAUGACGUCAACCGGAGCAGGGUUGCAGAGUCACGGUGGUGUGUUUGGGUAUAAACAACGGGUGGGGAACGCGAAUUGGCGAGUGGACAAUAAAUUAUCAUUACGGAGCAAGCUUUCCGACGUACCGGAAUUGAUGAUUUCAUUUGUAGUCUCUGAUUGGACAUCUAACAUCACAAACCAGUGAUGGAAUCAGAAGCGAAAGACGGGGAAGAAGAGAAUCUCCAAAGUGCAUUUAAAAAACUUCGUGUUGAUGCAGAAGGAUGUACAGCUUCCCUUUGUGCUGCAGAUGGGUGCAUUGCAAGAACAGCUGUGAGACCUUUAGAGGACACCAAGCCUAAAGUUUUGGGAUCUGUAAAAGAAAGCUGGCAUGGGUCAUCAAGAAAAACUACAAGAGGUACAACAAGAACACCACGUAGAAGACGUUCCAAAUCGCCUGUCCUUCAUCCUCCUAAGUUUACACACUGCAGUACAAAGACCUCACCCUGUGGCCCACAACUUAAACACAAAAGCUUAUGUGAUUCACAGGAUGGAGUUGCUACAGGCAGUUCAGUUGCAAUAGAGUUUGGGAAAAGUAAUUCACCUACCACUGCACUUAGUAUCGGUGGAUACAGAAGUUUUUGCCUUGAUCAUUCUGAAGUUUCUUCUUUAGAAACUUCUUCGGAAAACAUUAAAGAACAUUCACUAACUUCAGAGAUCUCUGUUGCAGCUCAGAAGGCCAGUCAUCCCACAGAUUUCCAGGCAGUAUCUCAACUUCACACAGCUGCAAAAUGUAAUUGCAAAAGUAAAGAAUGCAAGCACUGGCAAAAUAUGGAAGUGUACUCCUUUUCUGGCUUGCGGGACAUGAUUACAGAAUGUGAGAAGUCAGUGAAAGAUGAAUAUUCACAGUCUCUACAGAAUAGAACUCAACCUGCAGGGACCAACACAUCUGGAUCUCCACGGUCCUGCUCAGAACAAGCUAGAGCAUCAGUUGAUGAUGUUACUAUAGAAGACCUUGCAGGAUACAUGGAAUAUUAUUUAUAUAUUCCAAAGAAGAUGUCCCACAUGGCAGAAAUGAUGUACACCUGACAAUUUUUAGUGUUUUGUUUCAACAUAUAAAGGAGUGGGGGGAAAACUAACUGCAUGUCGGCAAUUACUGAAGGAACCUUUUAAUUGUUAUGCUUAAAAGUUCUGUCACCAUUUCUUUAAUAAUCCAACAGAUAUGUUUCUUGCACGUGUUUCCAUUAACAUUUUUCAUGUCCUAAUGUGAAUGGCAGUAAUUUUGUCAUUUUAAUAAACAUGGCUCUCUGAAGUUUUUCAAGGCCUAUCUGCAAUUCUAACCUUGUUGCAAAAAUGAUAAAUACUCAGAUAAGCUAUUUAAUUAUUAAAAAAAUGAAUUUGACACUGUUGUGUUAUUUGUGAUUUGCUUGUAAACUUACCCUUGAGAUUUUGAACGUGUUCAGUCAAUUAGCUGAAGACAUUUUACCUGUGUGUAACUUAGCUUGCAGUGGAGGUUGCGUGCAGGCAGCUGUUGUUCAUUUAUCAUGUUGGGGUGGAUUGUAGGGGAAUAUAGUAAUGGAUGAUCCCCUGCUAUAGCUUGUUUCAUGAUGGGUCUGUUAAUUUUAGGUUUUGAAAUCUGCAGUAGAAUUCAAAAGGCUUAAAAUAGAAGAUGUAAUAAUUUCCAAGCAGUAUUUUGAAAGUGCUAUUUAAAUUUAGUUUAAUGAGAAAUACCUUAGUUCUUGCAGUUACAUCAUUGCUGGUCAUGUUUAGAUAAAACUCUUUUGCAUAAAAAUAGGUCUGGAAUGUUCAAUUUAAAGACUGACUUAAGUACUUGAUUGUUUUCCCAAACACAGUUUUGAAAGUCUAACUCAUUAGAUUGUAAUGUUAGCCGAAUAAACAUUCAGCAAUUUAA